ACUCAACAAAUGACAUAUCUGAGUCUGACUGAUAGUCAAAAGCAAAAUCUUUUAUAAAUAAAUACGAUAACCUCUAAGGAAUAUUCCGUGCCAAAAUAGUGUAGAAUUUAUAAACUAUGACUAUAAUAUCUAAAUUGUUUACAGUUUUACGCACUACUAAUACAGCCGAAUGUGUUCCGGCGAUUUUACAAUCAUCGAAGAUUAGAUAUGUUCGGUGUUAUUCAACUCGAAAGGAAAGCGGUUUGGCUAAGAGUCAAGAGAGACAUGAAGUGACUACAGACGUCCGACCUCUAGGGGAAAAGAUAAAGGAGACAACUAAGACUGCGACAUACACCGGGAUAAUUUUGAUGGGAGUUGGUGUCACGGGGGUCAUCUUUUACUACGUGUUCCGUGAAUUGUUUUCAAGCAACAGCCCAAACAGCAUUUACUCAGAGGCACUAGAAAAGUGUAAAAAUGACCCUCGAGUGGAAGAUGCCUUAGGCCCUCCAAUCAAAGGUUAUGGAGAAGAAACCACCAGAAGGAGGCGCACUCAUGUCAGCCAUGCUGUCUACGAGAAGGAAGGGGUAAAACAUAUGAGAAUGAGGUUUUACAUCAAAGGAAUAAGGAACAAAGGCAUUGUUGAACUUGAUAUGAAACAGAAUGAAUAUGGGAAUUAUUUGUGCCGUUACUUGUUGGUGCAGCUAGAUGACUACACAGGCAAGACCUUUAUUAUUGAAGAUAAUAGAGCAGACCUAGACAAGAAAACAGAUAUUGCUUCCAGUACCUUUUCAACACUAACUAUAAACCAGUGAAUACUAUGAACAAAGUUGUAAAUUGUAUAAAAUGGCAAAUGAGAUAUUUGGUAAAACUGCAGAUCACCAAAGUAUUUAAACCCAGAAGGUGGUGUAGCAAACUCUUUGUUAACCAGAGCCAAACUUUGCAUGUGUAGAGGACAUACAGACUGAAACAAAAGUGAAUAUAGGUAGUAUAUAGUUAUUAUCAACACUUAAUUUAACUCAUAGAUAAUAUAUAACCAGGAGAAUACCUGUAGCUGGAAGUCUAAAAUAAAGACUAUCAUAAUAGA